GGUGGAUGGUAUAAAGCCAAGGUGCUCCUCGGAGCGGCACACACGGGCCCACGCCAGCACAGCCAUGAGGAGCGCGGUUAUAAUAUUCUCAAUGGUGGCCGCGAUUGCGGCAGAAGCACCAUAUCAUCUGCCGCGACCGGCGGCGCACGCACCGUCGUUCAACUACCCCUCAGCGCCGCCGCCGCCGCCGCCGCCGCCGCCGGCUCACGCACCGCCGCCACCGCCCCCGCCUCCGUCAGCGUACCCGCACCAGCAUCCGCACCCGCAUCCGCACCCGCAUCCUCACCCUUAUCCGCAACCGCAACCGCAGUUUGUUCAAUACCCACCACAACCUGCGCCUGCACCACAGUUUAAUACAGGAUCUGGUUAUCACUAUUCGCAACCCGCUCCUCAGCCCCAACCCCAGCCCCUUAUACACUCUCAUCCUCCACCCCCUCAACCUCUUCCAAUCAUACCCUAUCCUCAGUAUGCGCAACCUCAACCACAACCUAUCCCUCAGAUCCCACCAAGCUAUACUUAUGCUCAACCCCAGCCUCAACCAGCCCCGGCCCCUCGGCCUGCACCACCCGCUCCGGUGCAGCCGGCGCCCCUGCCCGCCUUCUUAGCGCCUGUUCCUGGAUACUCCACGCCACAGGCCCAACCCGCGCCACCCGCCCAGCCAAACCCUCAGUCGCAAAUUCAACAGGGAUACACAUACCAGCAACCUCAACUCCAAUUCCCGCAAGUCCCUUUCCCGGCGCAGCCACUUCAACCGCAGCCUCUUUAUGCGCAACCCCUUCAACCGCAGCCUCUCCAGGCGCAAUCUCUACAAUCGCAGCCUCUGCAAACGCAACCUCUACAAUCGCAGCCUCUGAGCAAUAACGUGGCAUCGUCUGCUUGGUCCAGCUACCAGGCGGAUAAUAACCAAUACAGCAGUGCAAGUCUUCGGUCGCACGGAGAGGCUUUAGACGCAACAGUUGUCGACCGGGUUCAAAAUAUUAUAAAAGAUAAUGAGCACAGUUCGGCAAGAAAUGCCGGCUAUGUAUCCCUUGUUUCUGGGGUUUCAUUAGAACAGGCCAGACCUAGUAUAGAGAUCUCUUCCUUUGUUCAUAAUUCUCCUCUUCAAAUCACCCAAACUUCGGAACAUAAUUCAAUCGAGCAGUCGUCGUCUAAUCAGUCGUCAGAGGCGUCCGUGACGUCAGUCUCUGGAGCGGCGUCGGCUGCGGCGCCCUCGCAGGACUACGGCUUGCCCACGAUCACGGCCAACAGCCAGGCACCACAACUAGACGCAAGUCAUAGUUUUCUACCCCAAAACAAACCCGCUACGUCAUACGGCUCGCCGUUAUAACC